UGAUUUUGGCGUGUUUGCCUUUCUGACCGCAGAGCGAUGCCGCACAUGCCUUCCGUGCCUUGCGGUCGGUAUGCUGAAAAUUGGAUUGGCAAGCCUUCUACAAGAAAUCUCUGGACACUAUGUGGUUCAUUUCUUCUCUGGCCAGGGCCAGACCACUGCCAACUCCGACUCCGUCUCGCCCUUUGUGCCCCUCUCAGUGGCUGGCCGGUCGUUCCGGUGUGAGCUUCCCCGUCUUCCCCAACAAAGCGCAGCAUCGGAGACUUCCGACACAUACGUGGCACAGUUGCGAAGCGCCUCGCUUCGUGGGCGGUGCUUGGUUGGAAGCAUCGAUGGAGAAAAGUUUGAAUUUCAACUCUGCGUUGGCGAGACGUUUGCCAUCAAUGGACAAGUGGCUUUUCAUGAGCCUCUCUCCCAGAUCUCUGCAGGCUACGGCUUUCAGCAGCGCUACAAGUCUGAAGCGCUCCAUGCGCAUCUUUUGUGCAGCUGCCAUCACCCACCUCCAGCAGAGCAGGCUGCUUGCGAUUUGGGGCAGCAUGUGUGGAUCCAGGAAAAGCUUGCAGAUGACCUUGCCAUGGUCGUUGGCUUCCAAGGCGACGAGCUUUUACUACGUUGGACGCAACAAGGGCAGGCCCGAGGCGCAUUUCCCAUGGCUCACACCCAACUCCGAGCUGCAGAGACCGGGCGCACCUGUGCACCACGGGAAGCGAAGCAAAAGCACCUCAUCCAAGCGAAGCGGCAUUCCGAGCAUCUUUCAGGAGAUGACGAGCAUUUUGCGGUGGAACUGAAGGCUCCAACAUGUUGCAGCACCAAGGAGAUGGAGCAGCAAGAGGCGGUCAUAAGCCUGCUGACUCCCUUGGAGGGUAUGUGUCAUUAUGCUCAAAAUGGCUGGUGGACUUAUGAAAUCUGUUGGCCGUGGCACGUCCGGCGACUUCACUUCUACACUACCAACGACCCAGAUGCACAGAUCUUGCGUGAGUUCACGGAUGAAGAUGGCAGCAGUACGGUAAUCACCGGAGCCACACGCACGGAGCUUGGCGCAAAUGGUGGCAUCAUCGGUUUCUUUGGAAACGGAGGUGCCGGUCAUCCACACAUUGAACUGCGGAGGGCUUUGGCACGAGGAUCGUCACACGGAUUGGCGCGAACCUGGCCACAAGAGGUCGUAGUGCAGUUGGAGCCUGGAGACGAUUGCAGAAUUAUGGCCAACAACUGGCUGCUCCAAAUUUCUGGCCCAGGAUCCAUGCAGGUCACUGGUAUUGGUGGCAGCUUCAACCCAGUACACGUGGAUUCCGCGUCAGGGCAUUUGGCCACGGCCACCAACAACCCAGACGCUUGUGAUCCCUUUGUGGAGCGCUUCGAUGGGGCAGUGCUCCUGGUGAAGCGUGGCCGCUGCUUCUUUCAGGUCAAGGCGACCAACGCGGAGGAUGCAGGUGCCGUUGCAGUGGUUGUUUACAAUGACCAUCGCCCCGACGUGUCGAUCUCUAUGGAAGGUGUCGGCGAUGAGUACGUUCAACUCUCUGAGCCUAUUUCAGCGCACGUCAUUUUCCGCUGCGGUGAAGACUUCCAAAGAUCGCAGACGUGCCAAGUUGGUGACGUUGUCGAUGUGAAGCUUUGGGUGAAGCGAACUUUGGAAAACCCGCCUUCCUUGCCUGACGCCGCCGCCACAGAGCAAGAACUUCACGAGUUUGCUGUGAUUCAGGCUCAGGCUGACAGCGCCUCUUUGCGGAUGCUUCGGGGGCAGGUCUUAGAUGCAGAUCCAGGGAACCAAAGCUUGCUGGUGCAGUGGCUUGGAGAGCAGGAGCAAUCCGUCGGAGUGGGCACAAUACCAGGAAUGAACUUGGACAAGGAACCACCAACCUCAGUGCCACUUGCAGCCGCUUUCCGCGAUGGUGUCCGAUGCACUUCUCCAAGGGACGUGUGGAUUGAGAAGCUUUUGGAACCUUAUGCCUGCAACGCCGAGUUUGUCGUCCACGUGGCAAGCCUUUGUGCCAUGCCAGAAUUGGCUCCAAAGAAGCCACAGGAAGAGCAAGGCAUCAAUUGCCAAGAACAGACGACGAAAAUCCAGCAAUGA